UUAUUGUUUUAUUUAAAAUAUCCAAUUUUAACGAGAUAUUAUGUGUUUAAUCCAUAUAUGAUGUUCAAUACUUAUAAAAACUAAAAAAAUUAUCAUAAUUAUAUUAGCUUAAUGUAAUUAUGCUUAGUAGUCUUAAUUAAACCAUGAAUAGUAAGAUAUUGAACACAAUUGCUAAUGCUAUAGAAAACAGGGAAGAUGUGAAAAAGAGGACAGAGACAGGUCAACAAAUUCUACGCGAAUUACAAACAUGUGUUGAUAAUUGCAAAAACAGAUUUGGUGGAAAAUCUGAACUUGCAACUGAAGAUGAUUUAAGAAUAGUUCAAUUAUGUGAAAAAUGGGAAAAAAUACUUAGUCAUGGAAUCAAAACAAAUUUAUCAAAUUCUACAAUACAGAAUUUGGUUUCUGCUGGUUUAAACUUCACUUUUAAUAUUAUAAAUGUUGGUAACACACUUUGGAGCUAUUGUUGUUUACAUUUAACAAAACACGAAAAGGAAAGGUUUAAGAUUCUAUCAAAUAUCAACACUCCAUUAGGUUAUUUCAGAGCAUUCAUAAGAGCAGCAUUAAAUGAGCGAUCUUUAGAGAGAUAUUUGCAAAGUUGGAUAAGCCAUGGACUUUUAUCGGAAUAUUAUGAAGAAGAUGCCAUGGUCAGAACUAGGGAAGCUAAUUUACUGCCUGAUAUUGCUGCAGGUUUAUCAACAAUUUUAUUUGCUUUAUCAAUAGACAAAGCUGUGCUCAAUGAUUCACAACAAAUAACUCAAACAACAAAACCGGAGCAUGUCAUUCCACUGCCCACCCCAAUAAAAGCAUCAGGAAAUGUUAAUAGAAAGCCUAUACGACAAGUCAUAACCUUUGAGGAACAAAAUGACAGGAAAAAAAUAAACAAAAUAAUUGAUCCUGUUGCUCAAACUUCUACAUUAUGGAACAGUGCUCCUCCUACAUGUCUUAAUUCUCCAGAUCCUGUAAUAGUUCCUCAGUUAACAUCAACAAGUGAACCAACCAGUUCAGAGUACAAAAGUGGUUUACGUCACUUCUUUCCUGAUAGCGUUAAAGGAAUUGACAGUCCGUCACAAAUACUUACAAGACUGUCGGAAUGUGCUAAAGAAAUUUUCUCAUCUUCCAGUAGUAUAGAUAGAAAUAAUGUAUCCAGAGAUGAUAAUGUCUCAGAUUUAAGUGUAAAUUGCUUGAAAAUUUAUGAGAGUGAUAGUGAAGAAGUUGCGGGCAGUAUAGAUGGCAGCACAUCUUGUUUGGAACUUUGCUUCACAGAAGAUGAAGGAGGUAGUGACGAGAAAAGAGUUAGUUCUAUUUUAGAUCAUAGGGAAAAAGAGUUUUUAGAUUUACAAAUUAAAUUCAAUCAAUUUGAGCUAAUUAGCAAAGAGAAAGUGCAGAAAUUGGAGAAAACUGUUGGGGACCUAAGCAAGGAAAAUGAAAGACUAAAAGACCAACUAAAACGUUACAUGUCAGCCGUGGAAACUGGUAUCGCCUUGAAAAAUGGCAGUGAACAUGAUGAAGAAAUCAGCUCUUAUGAAAAGAAACUUGUUCAAGUUGCAGAAAUGCAUGCAGAACUUAUGGAAUUUAAUCAGCAUUUACAAAGACGGCUACAAGACCUGGAAAGUGCAUCUGGCAUAGAGAUUUUAGAUUAUCCCGAGUCAAAUGUGAAAGUAUUUAUGCCGAGUGCAUUCUUAGUUGGAAAAAGAACACAUUCAUACCACGUGUACCAGAUAUUUAUAAAAGUAGGUCUUGAAGAAUGGAAUGUGUAUCACAGAUAUGCAAAGUUCCAUGAGCUCCACACGCAGCUAAAGAAAUGCCAUCCGGAUAUAGCUAAUUAUAAAUUCCCACCAAAGAAGACGCUCAGGAAACGAGAUGCUAACCUCGUGGAGAAGCGGCGGCUGGCGUUACAGGCGUACCUGCGACACGUGCUGCUGGUGUUGCCAGAACUACGCGAGUGCACCAGUCGCGCUCAACUCAUCACGUUACUACCGUUUUUUGGAACAUCAUCGAGUAUUAAAGAAAAUGGUGUAAAUACAAAUUUAGACCAACAUUCUAGUGAUUCCAUAUCAACUUACGACGGACUGUGAUGUAGCUGUAGCCUUUCACUGGAGAAUAUUUAAUUACCAAUUGUUGUAGUUACAGAUACACUCUGUUGCAAUAAAAUUAGAACUACAAAAUACUUAAAUUAAAUUCUACAAUAUUAUAUGCAUGCUUACAAAGAUAUGCUAAACCAUA